AAAAAGUGUACAUCACAGCGAGGUUUUGGCAUGGCAUAGCCGUUUUAAGGUCCGCAAAGUGCUGAGUCGAUCUGAUUGUGUUGGGAAGGGAAACCUCAUCUAUGCGCAGGUUUGAAGGGCAGGCGUGUACAGUACUGGGAGGGUGUGGAGAGAGACCGGGGACUAGCAAUAUCACCGUGAAACUCAGUUCGCCUUUGAAAUCGACAUGGCGCCAUGUACAGCUCCUCAGUUUCAGCCCAGACUACACCUUCUCCUAUCAGCCACGGUGGCGAUCUCUUCUGCUUUCAACAUCGAUGUAAAGUUCCCGAUUAUUAAACAGGGACCACCCGGCAGCUACUUCGGAUAUUCGGUGGCCUUACACCGACAGCUGAAAGAUCAGGAUCGCUACCUAUUGCUAGUCGGAGCUCCACAGGCAGAAGGUACACCAAGUCAACUGGCAAACCGCACAGGAGCCUUAUUUUACUGUACUGUAUCAUCAAGUCCCAAUGACUGUAAACGUGCCAAGUUUGAGAAACCAACUGAUGCAAAAACUGAAAGUAAGGAAGACCAAUGGCUUGGAGUCACCGUGGCAAGUCAAGGGCCUGGUGGGAAGGUGGUGGUUUGUGCACAUCGUUAUGAGACGAGACAAUUGACUCAACAAGAUGAGAAGAGAAUCUUGUUGGGUCGUUGUUUUAUCUUGAGUGACAACAUCGCCAUCAAUCCAAAUGAUGACUGGGACAAUUCUCCAGCGCAGUUCUGUGAAAAUGUCGGGGAUGAUCACCAGGGACUGCUUAUGUGCCAGAAGGGCAUGGCUGCAGGAUUCACACAUCCCAAUCACUAUGCGUAUUACGGAGCACCAGGUGGCUGGAACUGGCAAGGAACUGUCCAAGUCUCACAAAAGAAUAUGACAUUUCUUGAUCAAGAUAUACUGUCUGAUGGCCCUUACAUACUUAAAGAUGCAGGAAAGGCUCACAGCUACAUGGGAUAUUCACUUACUGCUGGAACGAGAGUCACACAUCCCUCAAAGUUCAGCUAUGUGGCAGGUGGCCCCCGUCAUAAUCACAGAGGGGCGGUGUUUGUUCUUAAACAGAGCACAGACGACGAAUUAGCUAUCGAGCACAUGAUAAUGGGAAGUCAAACAGGGUCUUACUUUGGGAGUUCAGUCGCUAUUGCUGAUCUUGAUAAUGAUAGUUGGAAAGACAUAAUUGUCGGAGCUCCUCACUACUUUGAUCAGAAGAAGGAGAUCAGUGGCGCUGUGUAUAUUUACAUGAAUGAGGCAGGACAGUUCUCAGUGGAACCCAACCUGGUAAUAAAUGGCUCAAAGGAUUCCAUGUUUGGUUAUGCCAUCAACACUAUUGGAGACAUUAAUCAAGAUGGAUUUCAAGAUAUUGCCAUUGGAGCUCCAUAUGAUGGUCCUGGCAAGCUUUUCAUUUACCACGGCAGCAAGGAUGGACUGAAUCCUGAACCUAUUCAGGUCAUCAGUGGAGCAGAUCUGGGGAAAACUAAGCCCAUCAAUACAUUUGGCUAUUCAAUCAGUGGAGGACUUGAUGUCGACGGGAAUGAUUACCCUGACAUUCUAAUUGGAACAUUAUCCGACAGAGUCAUUUUACUGAGAUCUCGGCCAGUUAUUAAUAUUAGUAAGGAUUUCACUGUGCAUCCAAACAUCAUUGAUCCCAGCAACUGCACCAUAAAGUCCUGUGUCACAGUGACCGUUUGCUUCUCAUAUAUUAUGAGCACAGGAAAUAGGAAGUACAAUCGUAAUAUUGCUCUUAAAUAUACAUUGGAGGUCGAAAAAGAGAGGCGCUCACCUCCACGUGUUAAAUUUGUUCAGACAAACAGUGCCAUUUACAAUGGCAUUUUAAAAAUGCCACAAACCAAAUGCCAGAAUGUCCAACUGGGAUUGAUGGACAAUGUGCAGGAUAAGCUUCAACCCAUUUCUGUUGCUCUGAAUUAUUCCAUUGACAAUAGCAAUGAGGCUAGAGGAAGAAGGGCUGAUAUGAAUAAUUAUCCCAUUUUGAAUGUACUGCAAGACCAUACUGGUCUAGAAGAGAUACAUAUUCAGAAGGAAUGUGGCAAUGACCGGAUAUGCAACAGCAAUCUCCAAAUGAAACAUGAGUUUGGCAGAUUGGGGAACAAUGAGGUGUUUCGUCCCAUCAGAAGAAAAAAUGGCAAGCAAAUCUUGGACUAUAAUCCACAAUCCAACCCAUAUUCCAAUAAGCUUGUAUUGCAAGUGAUUGUUACAAAUUUCCCAACAAGUCCCACCGAUGGCGAGGAUGCUCACCAGGCCAGGCUCAACAUUACCCUGCCUGAAACGUUGACCUACGUCGGUAUUCGUGCAGAAUCAAUCAGGUGCGAUCCUGCAGACCGUUACAAUGUGAUCUGUGAAUUGGGAAAUCCUUUCAAAAAGAAUCAGAUGGAUAAGCUCAACGUUCUUCUAGAAGUAACUGGAAUUACUCUUAAUACAAGAGAGAUUGAUGUGGAACUCCAACUUCAAACGGAAAGUACACAAAGUGACUUGAACACAGUUUUAGCAUCAGUAUCUGUGGAAAUUCAGCUACAAGUUAGCCUUUCGAUGGAAAAGAAAACACAGCAAACAUACUUCAGUGGUACUGUCAUCGGUGAGAGUGCAAUCAAGACGUUUGAAGCUAUAGGAAGCCCUGUGGACUUCACCUUUGAGGUGACAAACCAUGGUGAGCCUUUGGGGGAUUUAGGAACUCUGUACCUCAAUUUUUUGUGGCCAUAUGAAAUUAGUAAUGGAAAGUGGUUACUGUAUCUCACUGAAAUCGAAAUGAAUGGGACAGAAAACCAGGACUGCCAACCAGUAGGGAACAUUGUAAAUGAGUUGAAUUUAAAGGAGAAUAAUCACACAACACACCCACAAAGAAGAAAACGUGAAGUGAAACCUUCAGCUGCCAAGAACUUAAAAAUACUGGGCAAGGUGAAAAAAGGGAAAGGCGACUUGCAAUUAGAUUGUAAACACAAACCAACGGCCCGGUGCAAACAGUUCAGUUGUUUGCUACACAACAUGACUCAAAAGGCAACAGUAACACUCCGGGCACGGCUAUGGAACAGCACCUUCCUGGAGGAAUACAGGGACUAUGGUCGGAUUACUGUAAUGAUAGAGGCGUCCUUGCACUUGAUGACAAAUGUCACCACAAUCAAAAUGAAGCAACCAGAUGUGACAGCAUUUCUCAACAUUGAAUCCCAAGUUGACGAUGAACUACCUUAUGAGAUACCAGGGUGGAUUAUUGCUGUAGCAGUGGUGGCAGGAAUCGUAUUAUUGAGUCUGAUAAUCUUUUUACUCUGGAAGUGUGGUUUCUUCAAGAGGGCGAACACACGAGCGAUGUAUGAAGCCAAAAAGCAAAAGGCUGAAAUCAAGAUUCAGCCUUCAGAAACUAGGCGGCUUACUGAUUGUGACUAAUGCUGGCCAACUUCGCUUCCUGCACUUUUUGUGUGGCUUCUUCAAGAGAACACGAUACUACAGGAGCAUGCCAAAGUAUCAUGCUGUGAAGAUCCGCAAAGAAGAGCGCUACUUUAUUACAGAAGGCUUUACAAAAAAGAAAACGCAGAAGAAGCAGUGGGUAACAAACUGGAAAGAUAAAGACAGUUACUAAUAUUUGCUUCUCCAUGAAUUUAAAGGGGCCAUAUUGAUGACACCACGUAGUUUUACAGUUAAGAUUACAAAGAACUGGACCAGUGUAUCAACAUUUCUGUUCACAUUAAUUUAGUUCUAUUUAUGAUAACUUGUGUUUCAGUCAAAUGCAAGAACUUUUUUAUGAGACAAAGUUUAUAAAGCACAGUAGGAACAGCUCUUGAUGCCAUUUGAAGUUGAUCCUAGAGCUAAGAAUAGUGCAGGAACUUAGCUUUCCUUGUGGAUGAGACUGUUAAGAGUUUAAAGCACUGAAAUACUGGGGCAGAAAGGGGAUAAAAGUGCUUAAUAUAAAAUAUAUUGUUCAGUGAUAAUUUUAUACUUAAAGGGUUAAAAUUUAAUUUAUUGUGUUAUAAAGGGAAGAAAAGGUCCAUUUGAAAUGUAAUUUGGAAGAUAGGGAGGUAGUUUAAUGGAAAAUCAAUUGAAGGGUGUUCAAAAGAGUUGCUGCCAGACAUAGUUUUAUAUGCAAAUAUGAUCCAAAUCAUAAGACAAACAAGGCCAACACAUAUUGGAUAACUGGGAAUAUUGUGUUUGUGCUGUUGCAUAUCCUUUUUCCUGACCCAAGCUAUACUAGCAAUAUAACUGUUUACAUGUUUGCAUCUUAAGUAUAAUGGUCAAGUGUAUGACCUUUCCCUCUGUGCCCUGUCUACUGACUAGCCAUUGCAGAUUGCAGUUUCUAAAUGUGUCUUGUUCUGUAAUAUCAAUAUAUAAUUAUUAAAGGAGAAUGAGAAAUAGAAAGCUUUUUUUCAUCAAUCUAUAUGUUAAAUAUCAAGCUUUUGAUAUGUAAUGAUAUAUGGUACUGUUUUCUUUAAAAUACAAUUUAUAUAUUAGUAAUAAGGGUGCCAAAUAUCAUUAUUUUUUUCAUUGUUGACUAGAUAGCAUUGGGAAACAUUCAAAAAUUUGUUCUAUCACUUAGGUUUGAUUUUGAAGAGAUUGGAGAUCUGUCAUUUGUCAUCCUGAUUGCUACUUUGCUAGGCAAACAAGAUGAAGAAAAGUGUCAAAUCAGAUAUCCACUCACUUUAGUUAGUUUAUAAAGCAAGUAGAAUAGCUAUCAAAGAUUCUGAUUAUUUAAAGAUAAGCUUAUUACAAAAGCCACGACUGUGUUAUGUACUGAUUAAACAAAAAAGCCUUUCUUUUUUACUUGGACGAUCAGAAUGGUAAUCCUCAUUUCCAGUAAUUAUCAGCAAGAAUGAAAGCAUUCCAUGCCAGUACGAUAUGUACGUUUUUGUUCAUAUUAGAGGGCAUGGUCCAUUGAUGAACAUAACCUUGUAUCUAUGUGUGCUUGUAUAAAUGUAUAUGCACAGAAAUGAGGGUGAUAGAAUAUGUGAUUGGAGAAAGAGGUAGUCUACAUUGUUUAUUUAACAUUUAUAGUAGAGACUUACAAAAAUGUGGAAAAUCUGGCCCUUAUAUUUUCAUAUAAGUGUCAAUCCAUUUAAUUCAAUCAGGAAAUCAUUUAUUUUAAAGUACAGAAUGAAACAGUUAUUACAGUUCGAAAACUGUGCAUAUUUGCAUACUUGAGAUUAUUAAAAUCCCUAGUAAGUGCAAACAUUUUGGUUCUGUAUCACAAAUAGCUUGUUUUUCUUGUGUUUAGUUGUGUAUUUUGUAAAGUUAUUGGUAAUUUGUAACCAAACCAGACUGUAGUUUGUUUUCCAUUUGCAGACUGAUGCAGUUAUAACAAAAAAUGCUAUUUUAAGGUGAAAAUAUAGAACACUGGUUAAGCUUCAGCUGAGAUUUUGUGGCCAAAGCAAGGAGAAAGACUGGAGGAAGGAUGUCAAGGCCUUGGAGAUGGGGCUGAGGUGAUUUACUAGAAAUGUCUGAGAGAUGAAGGACAUGAGUUACUUGAGUGACUGGAGAAUCUGGGAUAUUUCUCUUUAAAGCAUAGAAGAUUAACAGCAGAUUUGGGGAAGGUGUUCAAAAUUGUGAAAGAUUUUGAUGGAGUAGAUGAGAAGAAAUUUUACAUGCAGGUGGGGCAAAUGACACUAGUUAAAAAUCAUUGGUAAAAGAAUUACAUGAACAGAAAAAAGAAACACCGCAUUUUGUUAUGAUCUGGAAUGCACUAGCUGAAAUUGUAGAAACAGAUUCAAAAGCACUUUUCAAAAGAAAGUGGGUAAAUACUUAAAUCAAAAAAAUGAUGAGGUGAGGUUUUAUGGGGUCUGAGCAAGUGAAUAGAAUUAAUUGGCUAUCUCUUUCAAAAAGCCAGGAUGAGCUACAUGCUUUCCUUCCACGUUGAAUAAUUUUAUGACAAUAUUGUAACUGCUGGAAAUUUGGUAUAAACACCUGCAUUUAUGGAAAUACACAAACCUGAAUUCAUUCAUAGAGUAAAGAUAGAUUCAUUUGUUAAAUUUGAGAAUUUCUACUGUCUUUAUAUUUUUCUGAAUGGAAAUGUUUUAACUGCUUUCAUUUAGUAUUAAUCCUAAUAACCUUCAUAAAGCAACUUUGUAUUGUUAGGAUUCUGUGAUCAUUGUUAUUGAAAUACAUUAUUCUUUGGAAUUCUGGUUAAGUAUUUGUUGGGGGCUGGUGAAGAUUGGAACUGUCAGGUGCAAUUCUGAACACCUAAGGAUAUUUCAUCAUUUUGAUAUUUUUAAGUCUGUUAAAGAUUCUAAUAUUGAUUAUCUGAGAAAAUUGAAAAAACUCACAUUCAAUAUUAUCUGGAAAAAUAAUUUACUGUUGUUGAGACAUCUCAUCCACUACAUGACAGGAAAGGUAGUGGCUGCUGCAGAAAAAAAGACCAAUUACCUUCUGCAGGAUCACAGAGUAGCCAAACCAUAUAUAAGUCAUGCAGAGGUUUGUAGGGGAAGCCCAUGGAGAAAGAGGUGUAGGACUUUCAGCAAUAAAAGCAGGCUGUGCCUCCCUGAAUCCCUCCACCUAAUGUCCAAUCCUUCGAUUAUAUACUUUUUGAACCAGAGCUUUCCCUCCUACCCCCUAAUGUAGCAAGUUGAUAACAGUCUCAGCUGCCACUGGAUUCACACUAGCAAUGUUAGUAAGUAGCCAUUAAUUGGCCACUGAAGUGUCUCAAUGUUUAGCAGGUCAGGGAGAUCAGCUGUGGGCUUCUUCACCCAGAAUUCUAGAAUGGAAGAAGUUGGAAAGCAGUGGGGCUGAGGUAAACCACUAACUUGUUUAAUUACAUACCCUUUCCACCUUCAAAUUUGCAUCUAGCAACUUUAGCUCACCAUUUGAGGAAGUACAAUCCAAAUUCAUGUUCAUUUUAAAUUGCUCGAUGACUGCCAUCCUGAUUUUCUAUUUAACUUAUUGUUGAAGGAGGCAGAUUUUCUGUUUUCCACCAAGUGUUUGUGUGAGAGUAGCCAACUAUGUAGAGACACGGAUAUAUCAAUUCACAAGGAUGAAUAGAACUCGACUCCACCAGGAUUCCACCUGUGUCUCCCAUUUCAUUAUUUUCUGUUUCAUACUUUUUCCAGUGGUCAAGGGCCAAAGGAGAUCUGAUGACUGAUCACUCUUGGAGGUUGGCACUUUGUACCUUCUGUUGAGCUUGAUGGAAUGCAAGUGCCAAGUCUCUGAGGGGAAGGUGACUGAUCCCCCGAAAGGAUCGCCCACAAGGCUUGAUGUGUCUGUACAGAAGUGAGUGCAUUCCUUCGGACCCCACUUUAUUUCCCUUGCUCCACUAAACAACAUUGCACCAUUUUGAAAAUAUAUUUUCUUCAAUGUGUCUAUGUGGAUGCAUGUUGCCAGCUCGAGCUAGCGAGGUCAUCAAGUUACCAUACUAUGCAACAGGAUUUCAGAGGCAGGCUGAGAUUCUGUUCCAUCAAAUUUGGGGUGGAAUGAACCUAGUGAAAUCUUGCUUCUGUUCUGUUGUUUCAUUAUAUGGAAAUCUGGACUUCCUUUUCCUAAAAGGCUGAGAAUGUUAAGUCAAUUGAAAUUACCAAGACUGAGACUGAUAGACAUUAACAAAAAUCUGUAACAUUAUGAGGAAGAGAAAGUAAAUAGAAUACACAUACAGUUUGGCUGUGCUUUACUGUAUAUAUUAGUAGGCCAUGCAGAUUUAAGACGUUUCUGCCAAUUUUUCAACAUUUAGCAUAAGAACCAGUUUCAAGUCUUUCAUUGUUAUAACAUAUUUGUAGAUAUAUUCACAGUUACAGAGGUUUGUUUUAAAUGAUCUAUACAAUUCUUAAGAAAUAAAUCAGGCUAACUUUAGUAUACAAUGCCAAGUAUAAAUGACAAAUGUUAACUGUAAAAUUUGUAUAGCAAUUUUUCUGCAUUAAUGCAUUUUCUAAUCUCUUGUAUUUGCUGAUUUGGAAGAAUGAAAUUGGGUGCAGUAUUUGUUGAUUUUUCACACAUAUCUAUGUCAGUAAUUGGAGGUGUGGUUGACGGUGACAUAACCUCUGAAGUAUUGAUGUGACAGUUCAUAAAACCAAAGAUUAGGGAAGAGCGUGUGAUCUAUAAUUAAAGAUAAUACACUUGUUCUUCAGGUUGGUUAUUAUAUAUGACUUCUCACAGUGUUACUAUACUUGUGGUUAAGUCAAGAAGUUGAACAUAUAACCUCGCUGAUGUUUUAAUCCUGUACAAUGUUGCUUUAUUGGAAGUGCUGUUUCCAUGGGACACUAAUCCAAGACCCCAUCUGUUCUUAUCAGGUGAAUCUAAAAGAUCCAACAGCAUUAUUCAAAGAGGGCCAGAACAUUUCUAUGUCCUGGCCAACAGUUAGCUGUUAAUCACUAAAACAGAUGGUCUGGUCAUGAAUUUCAUUGCUGUUUAUUAUCAGACUUUGUUUUGUGCAAAGUUGUUAUAAAUUUUUUUUCAACUGCAAUAAUGAUUAACUUCAAAACCAGUUGACCCUGAAGCAUAUUGGCAUGUCCUCAUUUUGCAAAAGGAGUUAUAAAAUGGUAACUCAUACUUUGAUCAGACUUAUGCUGUUUGUUCCAUUUAUUGCUCAUUGUCAAUGGCUUCUGAACCAGUGAUAGAAAUUUAAAAUGGGAUAAUCAUUUUUAAUUGGUAUCAUAUGUAUAUAAUCUAAACAGUGAAGGACUGAUUUCCAGCUAAAUAUUGACCACCCUUUUCAAGUUGCUAAAUUUACUCUAUCUUGAAAUUACUUUAAUAUAUUUCCAAAAUAAAAGCUAAAUACUAGAAGAUUUAUUUGGCAGACUUAAAGCUGAAAAUAUUUCUAAACUGUGUACAGCCAUUAAUAUGGUAAACAGAUGGUAGGAUACUUUUCAAUUCAGAUAAGAAAUGAAAUAAAAUAACCAGCAGCAGCAAGUUCAAAAUCAUUCCAUCUUUUAAUGAAAAUAUACAUCAAAUUCUGUAUCAGCCGAAAGCCUUGAAACUUAACUUUCAAACACUCUUCAUUAUGGAAAUAAUAUCAGAGAUAAUGGAUUGGUGAACAAAUUUGGCACUGAACUUGAGUUAAUCUUGUUAAAACUUAACAGUUGAGGUGAUUGAAGCUAAGAAUAAAGAUUCGAGCUGUACAGAAAAAUAUUUUCUACUCCAAUUUCUGUUCAGCUAUAACUUUUAGAACUUGGAUGUUUAUUUCUUAAGCAUUUAAUUCAGAUUUUUAAGAAAUAUUCAGGAACUAGAAACUUUUUUUUAACCUUACACA